AUGAAUACAUCACAAUUAAAUGAAAAUUCUUUAAUUAAUGAAACGGAUUUAGAAAAAGUUCAUAUAACAAAUGAAACAGAGGAAAAUAAAAAAAAAGAGAAGAAUAAUGAAACAGCAGGCAGGGAAAAUUUGUUAAAUGAAUUAAGUGAACAAAAUAAAAAAAUUUUAAAAAAAACAAAAAAAAAUACAGCAAUUUCUACCUAUUCACCAGCUUACAUUUCUGAUCCUAUAUACCAAUGGGAGGUAUCAAGUAGUGAUAGGAUAUUUUAUGAUAAAAUAAACGAUUUUAUAAUUCACCAAAAUGUUUCAACAAAAGCUUUGUUAGUUACUGACAUAAAAAAAAAUGAAGAAAAUUAUAAUGGUGUUUAUGUAAAAUUUGAUAAAGAGUUAUGUGAAAAUAUUUGUUUUUGCAGUAAUGGAAGUUUUUUUCUUUAUUAUUGUAUUAAUCCCAAUAAAAUUGAGAUUUCUGAUAUUUUAAAUAAUCAUAAUAUAUAUUUAAAUGUAGAAAUUAAUAAAUUAAAUGAAUAUGAAUUAUUAAGUGCAUUUUGGUUGAAUAAUAUAAAUUUAAAAGAUAAAAAUGAAACUUUAAGUUCUUCUGAUUUUGUAAUUGUAACAAAUAAUUCUAUAGAAAUAUUUAAAUUUUCUUUUGAUAAUUUAGUUAUUUCACCUUUAAAAAAGCAUUUUAUAAAAAGUCAGUAUUGUUGGUAUGAUGAAAAUAGUUCUUAUAUUGCUCUUUUAUCUAACAAAAGUCAUGUAAUAUUUCCAUAUUUAUUGAGUAAUAGUAAUGCUAUAAAAUUGCCAAAAAUAGAAUUGAAUAUUUUGAAAAAUGAUAACAUAAAUAAAAAUGAUAUUGAAAUAAUAACUUUAUAUAAUGAAACAUAUUGUAUUCAUAAAGAUCAUAGAAAUGGAAGAAUAUCAUUUCGUUGUUUAUCUUCUGCAUUAUAUUUUGAUUAUGUUCUUGAUUUAUUUUAUAAUGGUUUUAUAUAUACAUUUUCUAUUGAUAAUUUAUUAGUUGUAUUUAAUAAUUCGAAUGAAAAAGUGUAUAUAUUUGAUAUAAUGUAUAAAAAAAAUAAAGGAUCAAUAAAUUCUUUAAGUCAUCAAAAUAAUCAUACUAUCAAUAUUUCUUAUUUAACUACUCCAAAACCCUUUAAAAGUCAAAUUAAUUUUAAUUAUGUAACUUUUAAACCAUUUAAUGUUUUAAUAGAUAAUCAUUACGGUAAUGUGUAUAAGAUUAAAAUAGAUUAUGAUAUGUUGAUGUUACAAAUAUGCCAACAUUUUUCUAAUCUGAAUACAUCUGUUGAUGUUUUACUAAGAAGACCUAAUUGUAAAAAUAGAAUAACGGAAAUGUUUUUUCUAGCUUUAGAAAAUGAUAUAAAGAUAGGAGAUUUUUUAAGCAUUGUAAAUAUAAUAAAUGUUAAUUAUAGAAAAUUAAUAGAAAGAUCUGCUCAUAAAAAUAGUAGUUCUAUAACAAAAACUAAUAAGAAAAUUAUUCAAUCAUUUGAUCAUCUAUUAAAAAAUUUAGGAGAUAAAACAUUAAUUACUGAGAGAGAUAUUGUUGCUGAUACAUUUCAUCCUUAUAUGAUAAAAAAAUACAAUUUAGACAAAAAAGAAACUUUAUUUAAUUUUUCUUUAAAUUUUAGAGAAAAUGAGAAAAAUAAAAAGAAUAGAAAGAAAUUUGUAGAAGAAAAAAAUAAUAGUGGUGAAAAAUACAUGUUAAAAUAUAAAAUAAAAAAAAAAAUUUUUGAAACAAGUAAAACUAAUAUAAAUUCUGACGAAAGUAAGAUAAAUAAUGAAUUAGAUGAAAAUAAAAAUGAAACAAAAAGGGAAGAUACAUCUAAUCAUGAAUCCAAUAAUAAUACUUUAAAAAAUAAUGAAUACGAAAUAGAAAAUAAUAUAAAUAAUGAUUAUAAAUUAAAUUUAAAUUAUUCAGAUUUUCAUAAUAUCCCUAUGUUCUUAAUAUAUGCUCUAGAAUAUAUGAAAUCAUUAUUAUAUUUAAAUAUUAUACCAAAUAGAAUUUUACAAACAUUUAUUUUUGAUUUAUGCAUAUUUUUUAAACAAGAUAACUGUUUGAGACAGCUAUUACAAUUUUACGUAAUUUCAGAUUCAGUAGAAGUAACUAAAAGAUUAUUUCAUUACUGGAAGUUAACUGAACAUAAGUGGGCUUAUCAAUUUUGUUUAGAUAUGUCGUUAAGAUUAAAAGAAUAUGAGAUGGUUAUUCAUUUAUUUUUAUCUUCAAAAAAAUAUCUAAAUGUUAUAAGUUUUAUAAGAAAUUAUAAUUUAUUUGAUUAUCCUAUUUCUGUUAUAUUUCAAGCAAUAGAAAAUGAUUUUGAUUCUCCUGAUAAAUAUAUUAUAUUUAAUCAUAUAAUUUUAUCAUUAAACACAUGGAUUACUGAUUAUGAAAAAGAUCCUGUGAAUUUUUCUUUACCAAAUUUGCAAAAUUGUGAAAAGUGGGUUAAAUUAAUCGAAGAUUAA